AGUCCAUUUCCUCGCCGCAGCAAACUUAACGGGGAAGCGGUCUCCGGUAUGGCAGACCGGACGAACGUGAGGUGACGGUGGAGUGUAGAUAUUUGAAUUACCUCACAGGGCAUGCCAGAGUUUCUGUCAGGCCCCUCUGAGAUAAAAUGGCGCUGUCGUUGCCAGCAGCUGUGCUUUUGGCUCUUGUUUUCCUCACAGCACAAGUGACCCUCUCAACAGAAAGCAAUAAAUGUGUUGCCAGAAACUUUGGCCAUGACUCAGUGGUGUGUGAGUGUAAUUCAACAUACUGUGACAGUGUUGGGUCCGUAACCCUGCCUCCACUGGGUCAGUACUCCUCCUACCUGAGCAGCAUGGCGGGCAGCAGACUAGAGCGAGGCCAGGGCCAGGUCCAGGUGAACAGCACGGGGGCAGGCCUCAGGUUGACUAUUGUUCACUACCAGAAGUACCAGAAGAUCAGGGGAUUUGGAGGAGCUAUGACAGACGCAGCAGCCAUCAACAUCCUGUCCCUGUCUGCUGGUGCACAGGACCAGCUGCUACGACAGUAUUUCUCCAGUGAAGGUAUCGGCUACAGCGUGGUGCGAGUCCCCAUGGCCAGCUGUGACUUCUCCACCCGUCUGUACACCUACGCUGACACAGCUGGAGACUACAACCUGGACAACUUCACUCUGGCCCAUGAGGACAUCAACAUGAAGAUCCCUCUGCUGCAGCGUGCACAGGCCUUGUCUCCUCACCCCCUGUCCCUGCUGGCUAGCGCCUGGAGCGCCCCCGCCUGGAUGAAAACUAAUGGUGCACUGAUAGGAAAGGGCUCCCUGAAUGGCCAUCCUGGUGGCAAAGAGCAUAAAACAUGGGCUCAGUACUAUAUCAGAUUCCUUGAGGAAUAUGCUAAAUAUAACUUGACCUUCUGGGCUUUGACCACAGGGAACGAGCCCUCUGCAGGACAGAUGACAAACUACAGUUUCCAGGCUCUGGGCUUCACGCCUGAGGAGCAGCGGGACUGGGUGGCUCUGGACCUGGGCCCUGCUCUGCAUGCUUCAUCAUACCCACACACUCACAUCCUCAUACUGGAUGACAACCGCCUGCUGCUGCCUCACUGGGCCAAAGUGGUCCUGAAUGAUGUUCAUGCAGGAAGGUACAUUCACGGUGUGGCAGUUCACUGGUACAUGGACAGCCUUGUCCCAGCUGGGAUAAGCCUGGGAGUCACGCAUCAUCUCUAUCCAGAGUAUUACCUGUUUGGCACGGAGGCCUGUGCUGGGUGGAGCCCACUAGACAGAGGGGUGAAGCUGGGGAGCUGGGAGAGGGCUGAACAGUACGCACAUGACAUUAUAGAGGACUUAAAUCACUAUGUGGUUGGCUGGACUGACUGGAACCUGGCAUUGGACCAGACUGGUGGACCAAACUGGGUUAAAAACUUUGUGGACAGUCCUGUUAUAGUGGACGCAAAGCGCGACAUCUUCUACAAACAGCCAUCUUUCUAUAGCAUGGCCCAUUUCAGUAAAUUCCUGUGGGAGGAGUCUCGGAGAGUCGGGGUGUCUGCCAGUCAGAAAACAAACCUGGAAUACACCGCCUUUGACAGACCAGAUGGCUCAGUGGUGCUCAUCGUGCUCAACAGGUCAUCAUCAGUGAUCCAGUUUGAAGUCUGGGAUCCGGCUGUGGGCUACAUCACUUCCACUGCUCCGGCUCAUUCAUUGCUCACACUUGCUUGGAACACACACUGACCAUAAAUGCACGGGGAUAUAGGUAUAUUUCUACCACCUGCCCUGCUUUUCAGCAUAGCACAGAUUGAUUUCGUUGGUCACUUAAAAUAACAUUGACUCAUUUGACAGGCAGCCAAAAUCUUAAUAUGCCUUUUCUUGUGCACCAGUUCUUAUCAGGGAUGGUACCUGGAAGUAAUGAAUGUAUCAACUCACCAGAAUUACCUAUGCUCAGGCGUGCCUUGUGAUUUCCAGCUAAUAAGACGCUUUGUGUCCUCACCAUGUCAAAUCUCAGAAGAAAUCAUAUAAAUAAUGUACAGAGCUUGUAUAUGCCUUCUUUUGUUGCUAUUUAAUUUUUUGAAUUUUAAAUAAACCACACAUUGUUCUAAAAUAUCCCAUGUCACAUCUAAUGUUUUAUGUAUCUUUUGGUGCAGAGAGGAUAUAAGAUGAUGUGCAUAAACAGGAUUGUGAGCAAUGAAAAUUAAACUAUGACAGUUUUUUGGUCAAUUUAUUAAUACCUCAUAGACAUUUUUUUUUCAUAUAUAUAAUAUACAGUUUCAAUAACCAGGUAUUUCACAUUUGUGUCUCCAUUCUCAAUGUUUUUUUUCCUUUGCAAACCGUAGGUAGUUGGGACUAAAAUUAUUUACAUCAAAAAAAUGUGAUAAAAAUGUGAAACAAAAGACGGUCAUAAACAGAGGAAUAAAAUGACAGAGGGGUGCCAUCUGUUUAUAAUAUAUACACCAGAAGGAAUAUGGUGAAAUCAUUAUCAUAAAGCAUUAAAUGAUGGGCUGAGCGCUGUAGAUUUUUUAUUUCAUUCCCUUACUGGUACGUUUGUGAUUAUUCUUUUCAGAUGUAGAAGUGUCCCGAAAGAUGUGAGGAAUCCCUUGCUUUCAUUUGAUGUCAAAGCUUCCAUUUGUUGCCAUUAAACAGCAGCGACUCAACAUGAUUCCUAUAAAAUACUCCUGUGUUCUUUGCUGAAUAGCAGCACUACAGAGGAUGGACACAAUAACUUUAACACCCUUACAAUGUGAUCCAAUUAAACACCACCAGAAUAAAUAACCACAGUUCAAUCAACGUCUUCCUGACACAAUCUCAACAAAAAUGUUACAUUAAACCCUUCAUAAACAGAACAUUUAUUGCAGGGCUAUAGGUGUUCAUGUUGUUAGGUCCAGGCUCUGUAAAUGCCAAAAGUGAAAUUAACCCCUACUGUAUUCCCAUAUGCCGUACAGGGCUCAGUUGCAGGUUUCAGCGAAUCAUCGGGUGAGUAAAGAGGGAAUGGUAUGUGAUAUAAAGUCUGGCAUUUCCCCACAAGAGUGUAUUGCAGCAGUGCAUUUCAAGAAAGAUGGAAAAGGAGUUUGCUGGAGAGGUGGAAGUACAGAAGACAUGGGCUUGAUCAUCAUCAAUCUAGGCUGGUUUGUUAUUAGGCAAAAAAAAAAAAA